CUUUCGUUCGUAUCACUAUUGGCUGACUCUCACUAGUGGCAGUUCUACUCACUUCAGCAUGGCGGUUUGCUUAUUUGCGGUUCUCUUGUGUUUUGCGGCAGCGUCCGUGUCGGCCUCGCCUGCGAUGUCCGCCUGCAACAGGAGAGACUCUGUGGCAGCGGCGAGAUUUGCCGUCCACGUCAUCAACGACCAAAGACUGCACGGAUUUAAGUUCAUGCUGGUGGAGAUUAUGAACAGCAAAUAUCAAAAGGAUGUGUGGGGAGUUUGCCACAUUGCGUUGAAGGUGAAGCUGUUGCAGACCAAAUGUCACUUCACCUACCCCAAAUCUCACGAGCAAUGCGACCUCUUCAGACCCGAUGAAGGGGGCACGGCGGCCAUUUGCGACAUCAAGCUUUCACUCAUCAGGGGUGUGUCCACAGUCAACCGAUACAACUGCAUCACCAGACCAGAGCCCAGCAAGGAAGUGUUGGCUCAGAUUUGCCCCUCCUGCCACAUCAUGCAUUCUCUGGACGACCCGACUGCCUUGAAGGCGGCACAGGAAGCGACGCUCCGCUUCAAUCGGGAUGGCAAUCGUCGCAAUUACUUUGCCCUGAUGGAAGUGGCUAAAGUAGAGAUUGGGUACAUCUUUCACACGGGCAAAAUCACCUUGCUCCAAUUGGUCCUGGUGGAGACUGUGUGCCUCAGAGAGGACGGCAUCAGCAACCGCUACGUCAACUGUGCGCCUCGAUGCCCGGACAAAGCGACUUACUACAAUUGCUACACCGACUAUGACAAGUUCAAAGUACUGGGAGACAUCGAUUGUGACAGCUAUUCAAAAAAUCCCAAGCCCGGGCCGCCGGACGCUUGGGAGCCCACUUGUGAGCUCUUCAUCCAAAGCCCGAAAGCUUCCGCUUGCAAGGCGCAACUGAACUACCCUAACCCGGACAAGUCUGUCCACCACAUUUGUCCCUUCCCACUUAAGUGAUCAUUAAAAGAGCAAAAAAA